CUGUUUGCAAUUCUUUCGCCUGUGUAGAACUGCUACUUGCGCGAAUCAUCUCUCCGUCUCUAAAAUAUACAUAGUGUAUAUAUAUAUAUAUGUGCAUAACUUGUAAAAUCCUACUCCAGCUUCAAACAUUUGAUCGCACUAACAACUGCAUAAGCUAACUGAAGUGGUGAUUCAGAAUUCUAACAACGUCGACGAGUUGACUCACUGCCAUGGCGAAUAACCCAGGAGAGGCUACAUCGGACGAUUUCCUGGAGCAAAUCUUUGGAUACCCGGCCUACACGGGUGGAGCCGAGACUAACAUGGUGGGAAACGACGCGGCCGCUAGCUUGGGAGCAGCGCCGGCUCCGAUGUUGCUUCAGCUGAGUUCAGGAGACUGCUCGGGUCACCUUGGAGGCAUGGGCGUUGGACUCGGUGUUGGAAUCGGCAGCGCGUAUGCUGGAGGCGCGAGUGGUGGCGGCGUUGGGUUUCCGCUAGGGUUGAGCUUGGAGCAAGGGAAGGGAGGGUUUAUGAAAAUAGACGAUGCCUCGGGGAGUGGAAAAAGGUUCCGUGACAACGUCGUUGAUUCCCGAGCUGCCUCUUCUGUCAAAGCGGGUUUUCGUGGGCAGCCUAUGCCUAGUAUGGCUCCUGCAAUGCCGCAUUCACCUGCAGCUCGUCCAAGGGUGCGGGCUAGACGAGGGCAAGCUACAGAUCCACACAGCAUAGCCGAGAGGUUACGCAGAGAAAGAAUUGCAGAAAGAAUAAGAGCAUUGCAAGAGUUGGUCCCCAGUGUCAACAAGAGUGAUAGGGCAGCGAUGCUUGAUGAAAUCGUGGAUUAUGUGAAAUUCCUGAGACUCCAAGUGAAGGUGUUGAGCAUGAGUAGAUUAGGAGGAGCUGGUGCAGUGGCACCACUUGUUACUGAAAUCCCGAUUAAUUCAGUAGAGGUGGAAGGUGGUGAAAACGAAAGAGCCCAGCCAGCCUGGGAGAAGUGGUCGAACGAUGGUACAGAACUACAGGUCGCUAAGCUCAUGGAAGAAAAUGUCGGGGCCGCCUUGCAAUUUCUUCAAUCCAAGGCUCUCUGUAUUAUGCCCAUCUCUCUCGCCUCUGUGAUCUACCACACGCAACCUCCCGAUACCUCCCACUCUUGAGACCCGGGUCAAACCCAGUUUGUAGACCUCCAAAAUAACACAUAUCCAUCAACAUCAUCCUGUCCUAACUUCCUCUAGUCAAAUGUGCCAAUUCAACCCUCACUAUAUUUGUUCUUCCACCACCCUUCAGUUGAAAUCUAAGUCAGAUUCCACUAUUCCUCCUUUUUCCAGCUUCAAGGCAGAGUUUGAUACUCAAAAUGAUAAAAUAAUGGAAAGGUACCCUCCUGUCCUUGCUAGAUUCAAGUAGAGAAGAAAAUGUGAAAUUGAUAUGAUCUGCUUUUUUAUAUCAGCGGUGGGACAUUUGGCUUGUGGUGAAUGAUGAAAGCAUGAUAUAAUGGCACAUUUAGCUAGUGGUGAAUGAUGAAAGCACUUUUGCAGUGGGAGAUUGAGCUUUCAUUUAGAUAGUGGAUUUAGGGACCCUUCAAAAGGGGAUGAAUGCGUACAUAUUUUAAAUUUUUUAAAUUGUAUUAUCAGCGUAAGUGGACAAUAUCAUUAGAACUUAGAAAGGAUAAUAAUUUUUUUUUUUUUUUUUGUCCUAAAAAGUUGGAUUUAUAUUCCAACUGACAUCAAUUGUACUAAGUGGGUUGGCUGCCAAAAGUUAUUUGACUUGUUCCUCAUUUCUUCUGUACCAUCAUUGUAAUCAAAUUAUUGUGAAAAAGAGAGAGAGCUGAUGGUCCAAAUAUGGAUCAAAAGGGUAGUUAUCUGUA